AUCCAGGGUUUUGCUGUCGCUCUUCAUCCCGCCAACUCCUCCUUCCCUUGGCAUCAGACAGCGAGAGAGAGAGAGAGAGCCGAAGGCGUUCGCCGGAGAAGACGGCGAGGUAACCAGCCGUGGUCCACGUUAGCUUCUACAGCAACUAUACUGCAGAUCACCCAGAGGCUUCACAUUGCAAAGACUUACAAAACAUGAUCACAGAGGCUUCAAAGCAUGAUCAAGAAAAACCUGUUGAGAUUGCAGAUACAUUCUUCGGUAUGGAAUCUCUUGGUGACGAUUUUCAACAUGGGCCAACUAUUGAAUCCUGUCGGGAUGGGCCUCAUAUCUCUCGGAGUGAUGGUAAUUUCCAGGCCGUCCCUGAGAAACUGGCAGAAGAGGUAAUGAUGAUGCCUUUUGGCAUUGAACCGCUUGAUGACAUUUCUUUCUCACCCAGCACUGCUGCUGUAAAACAAGUAGGCAAGUUUCAGCCUAAGCUUGCAUCACGACCAAAAGGAGGAAAAGCUAAAUCAGUAUCUUUUGCUCUUCCUAAUGCUUGUGAAACUACUGCUCCUUCUGUGGAGACCUGUUUUGAGAGCAACUCCACAAGAACUGAUCCUCCCUUUGAGGAUAUGAUGAGUGAUGGAUAUUUGGAAAACCAUCAACACUCAUCAUCUGCAAACUAUGAUUUCAAUGGAGAUUUUCAAAUGGAUCAUGAGAAGUUGGGAGAAGAGGGCAUGUCAGGGUCUUCAGGCCUUGAAUCUUUCAACGCGCUUCUUUCUCUGCCAAUGUCAACUGCAGCUCGAUCUGCGGGUAAGUUCCAACCAAAGCCUAGCGCCAGAACAAAGAUUGUCAAAUCUAAUGCUUCUGCAGUUAGAACUGGUGCCAUAGAUUCUGUGCCAUGUGAAUGUGAUUCUCUUCCUCCAGAGGCUGAGUCCUUGGGGGGCCAUGCUUCUGGCUUUCCAGCAGAUCCUCUCAUUUAUUCUACAUUGCCUAUGCCAUCUGAAUUGGCUCAAGAGCAGGCUGAACUUUUCAAGACGUGUACACUUGAAGCUGCAACUUUAGGAGGCAGGAAGACUACACAAACUAUUGAAAUAUUGUCAGAAGGAGAUAAUCAUAUAAGUGGAGAAAGAGAACCAACAGAAUUAUUGCAGGCUAAUGGUGUUCAGGCCCAUUCCCCAAAUACGGAAGAGCUUACUCAGCAGAUCCAGGAAGAAAAACAUAAUUCCGAAACUAUUGAAGAUAUUGCAGCUAGUAAACCAUCAAGGAAAUUGAGAAGACAACUCUACAUGCAUGGUACUGAAAAACCAGAAGGUGGAAUGGAUGUUGGUUGGAAUGUUGAAGAGUCUAACAUCUCUCAAAUGGAUGAGGACCAAAGUGAUGAUGAAUAUAUGGGUGAAGAUGUGCCCAAGAAGAAGAGGGUGCCAAAAAAAUCAAAGAGGAAGAUGGGUGAAACAGCGAAACCAGAACAGAAGCCUAAAAGAGCUUCUGGAAAACCUGAUUCCAUUGCAGAGGAACUACCAAAAAAGAGGUUCCCUCAUGGAACACGGCGGAAGAGACGACAAGUGAACAAGGUUUUGCUGGAAACACCUGAGGAUGAGAUUGACCAAAGGCAGCUUAGAAUAAAAGAUCUAAUAUUGCUUGCUGAGGCUAAGGAGCGAAUAUCGAAUAAAGAAGCAGCAGCACUUACGAAAUCCUUUCCCAAUCAAAGUACUGGUUCCUUUUCUAGUAGAACCCAUCUUGAUGAAGACAAUUUUUUCGAAGAGGAGAUAGAACAAAACCUUGAUGGUGAAGGAAAUCAUAGCAUUCAACCAAAUUCUACAAAAUUGAAUUACCAUUCCUACAUGAAUAGGCCGCAAUCAGUGAGAUGGUCAAAAGCAGAUACAGAGCUGUUUUACCAGGCUAUUCGUCAAUUUGGAACAGAUUUUGCAAUGAUACAACAACUGUUCCCUAAUCGUACACGCCAUCAAGUAAAACUGAAGUUUAAGAAUGAAGAGCGCAAGCAUCCUUUGCAAGUUCAUGAUUCUUUAGUCCAUCGCUCCAAAGAUCAUGCUCAUUUUGAACGAGUAAUUCAAAAGCUGCAAACUGAGGCAGAGCAAAACUCUUACAAAGAAACAACUGAUGAUCCACCUACUUUUUCAGAGGAUGCGGCCGGUGAAAAUGAGGAAGACGGAGGGAAACUCACUAAAGAAGAGGAGGCUAAUGGUUGGGGCGGUGAAGUUCAGAGCCCUGUGGACUCUGAUUGGAAAUUUGAGGCUCAGUAUCCGCCAGAGGUUUCUGAGUAUGAAACUGUUUUUGAUUGGGAUGCCAGUGCUUCCUAUCCACAUGACUUGGAAAAAGAGACAUUUGAUGAAUUCUGAAUUGUAUUAUGGUUCUGUUGCUAUCUCUCAAUGGUGUUUCGUAUUUAAAUGGAAAUUAGAGAAGGAAAUUUGCCCGCAAUAUAUUAUGAUAUUGAGAUCCGUAUCUGUCAUAGAAACCAAGAUGAGCCUAAGCUCGGCAUUGUGCCAGUUUAGAUGCAGACUCCACUCUGGAAGGGAGUGCAUAAGUGAGAGCCCCUCUUUCCUUCAUGAUUUAGCAAACAAGGCACCAGAAACUAAAACAGCCUGGUGCAAGAUAAAAGAGUCGAGGCCUCGAACAAAUUGGAGCCUAUUCUGAACAGUGAUUUCACGGCUGAACCUGUUGCAACAGAGGUACCAUGAGGCAAUAUAUUUCAGAACCAAUAUAUUUCAGUGAUUUCAAAUUUGAGCCUAAACAUCAUGAUCCAAAGUUGCGAAUGCUACUAAUGAUUGUGGUGACAUGGAGUUGAAUGGACCUUCUUCAGCGCCUUCUCUCUCUCUCUCUCUCUCUCUCUUUUCUAGCUGAUAGUAUAUACAGGGUCUCCUGUAUAAAGCUAAAUAGUUUAUAGUAAAGUAUCCGUCUGGGCAAUGGCAACCCAAAUGUAUGAAGUCUUCCGUUGUGCCAAA